AUCAUGACUCUUGAGGAAGUUCUGAUCCAGAAAAGCACCGAGCGUGCCCAGUGCACCGGCAAAGCCCUAGAGGAGGUCCUGGUGUCUGCUAAGGACAACGACUCCCUCACCGUGGGCGUCUACGAGUGCGCAAAAGUGAUGAAUCUUGACCCGGACAGUGUGUCCUUCUGCGUCCUGGCCAUGGAUGAGGAGUUUGAGUGUGACAUCGCUCUGCAGAUCCACUUCACCCUCAUCCAGUCCUUCUGCUUCGACAACGACAUCAGCAUCGUCAGAGUGAGCGACAUGCAGCGUCUGGCUGAGAUUGUUGGUGACAAGGCCGAGCAGCUCGAAGAUGCUCACUGCGUCCUCAUCACGAACCCAGCUGAAGGGUCGUGGGAGGAUCCAGCUCUGGAGAAGCUGCACGUGUUCUGUGAGGAGAGUCGUCGUCUGAACGACUGGGUCCCUGAGAUCAGCCUCCCUGAGCGUUGA